AUGCCACCAAAGACUCCCACCCGUGCCAGCAGCGACGACAAACAGCCGCCGAAGAAUAGGCAGAGGCGGCAAGAUGAUGGCGGUGAGGCGCGGAGGGGUGCGCCUCCACAGCAAACAGCCGCCCCAUACUUGACGAUGUUCGAUCUGGCGCAGAUCGCGAGCGCGAAUAGCGAGCCGUGCCCAUCAUGGGUAGAUCGACGGGGCGUGAAGCGGCCAUAUCCAGGGCGAGUACUUCAUGACAGCGAAGGCCGCAAGUUCCUCAUACCAGACGGAACGAUGGUCGCGCCAAUCGAGGAUGUGCAGUGGGACGGCGGCCGCACCGCUAAUAAACACCCAAACAUGACCGCUUUGGAUGUCUUUCGCACCGUCCCGAAGCAGGUUUCAGCAAGAAACAGUCAGGACCUCGGCGCGACCCUACCGUCACUCCAACAAUCUCUGAGCACUCCCCUUGCAUCAACCGCGUCGUUCACGAGGUUUCCUUUUCCAGGCGUGAACAUACCUUGGUCGGAGCAAGAUCCAGAAACUGCUCAUGCAUUGGGCAUGGCGCUCGCACGUCCUUCGAACAGGUACAUCCUGCAGUCGCAGCAAGAUCCUGAUACGGCACUCGGCGGCGGCGAUGUGAGACCAGGCCCCUUCGAAAGCGAUCGGGCGGUAUCUCGAGCUGCUACGAACGUCCAAACACCUCCCGCUCUCCCGGCGGUUCCGGCACAUCUGAUUCUACCCUCGAACGACACGAGCGACGCGAACGAUGCAAACGACGCGAACAACGGCGAUCUUUCAGCAGAAGAUGGAGAAGAGCCAGGCUGGGAAGACUGGUUGCAUCCAGAGGCUCUCUGA